UGCCUUGCCGGGAGCCGGAGCUGCCAUCCAGGUGACUAAGCUGGCCCGCUGGCUCUGAGUCACCUGCUGGCCCGGAGGGUGCUUCCUUUCUUCGCUUUUUCAUCCGAUUAUUUUGGGAGCCGGGAACUUGGAGCUGCAUCCGAGUCCCGCCCCUUCCAGCCUCCCCUCCUCCCUACCUUGGGCUCCGAGGAAGAUGGGACCUGCCGACCUGCCGAGACCCUGCCACUCCCUCCUACGGUGACAGCAGACGCGGUGGGGGCCGGAAGUGCCCUGGGAGCGCCGCCAGCCACCCCAGUGCAAUAGCAGAUAUGGUGAUCAGGCCGCCUCGUCCUCCAGAGGUGCCGGGAGAGGAGGGGCGCCUGGCCCGUGCCGGCGGGAUUCCUCCCGGGCUGGCUUUGAACUCACCUCCCGCGAGCUGUUUCUGUAAAUGAGUGGCUUCUAGGGCCAGAGUGGCGUUUGGAGAGCGAGGCUGGAUUGGCUUUGGGCCGACCUGGGCAGGGAGUGGCACUUCCUGGGCUACAGACAAGCGCCAGCCUGCGUGGGGAGCUCCAGGCCGGGCUGCCCGGAGGAGCCGUGCGGCCCACGGGACCGGCCGGGAAGGCCCUUAGUCUUCCCUCUCCUGGUGCCUGGAGCUCUGCCCCCUGACGGUAAGGAGCCGGGAAGAAGAGGAAGCAAGGAAGGCAGCCCGCGGAGGCACCAUGUUCCGCAAGAAAAAGAAGAAACGCCCGGAGAUCUCAGCUCCACAGAACUUCCAGCACCGCGUCCACACCUCCUUCGACCCUAAAGAAGGCAAGUUUGUGGGCCUCCCCCCUCAAUGGCAGAACAUCCUGGACACGCUCCGGCGCCCCAAGCCCGUGGUGGACCCGUCGCGCAUCACGCGGGUGCAGCUCCAGCCCAUGAAGACUGUGGUGCGGGGCAGCUCCGUGCCCACGGACGGGUACAUCUCGGGGCUGCUCAACGACAUCCAGAAGCUGUCGGUCAUCAGCUCCAACACCCUUCGUGGGCACAGCCCCACCAACCGGCGGCGGGCGCAGUCGCUGGGGCUGCUGGGGGAGGAGCCCUGGCCCGCCGACCCCGACAUGUACCUGCAGAGCCCCCAGUCUGAGCGCGCCGACCUCUACCUCAGCUGCAACGGGGGCGCCCCGGCCGGCCGCCGGCAGGUGCCCUGGCCGGAACCGCAGAGCCCGCGGGUCCCGCCCAACGGGCUGGCCACCAAGGCGCAGUCCCUGGGCCCCGCCGAGUUCCAGGGCGCCACGCAGCGCUGCCUGCAGCUGGGCGCCUGCCUGCAGAGCUCCCCGCCCAGCACCUCGCCCCCUGCAGCCGCGGGGAGGCGUGGAGCCAAAGCGGUCAGGCACGGCUCCGAGGAGGCCCGGCCGCAGUCCUGCCUGGUGGGCAGGCCGGGCGGGGAGGGCAGCCCCAGCCCCAAGACUCAGGAGAGCAGCCUGAAGCACAGGCUGUUCCGGAGCAUGUUCCUGUCCACUCCCGCCGCCGCCCCACCAAGCGGCAGCCGGCCAGGCCCCUCUCUACCGAGCAAGCCCAAACCCUCAUUCCGGCCACCGCAGAAAGACUCCCCCGCAAGCCCAGUGGCCAAGGCCCAGUCCCUGCCCUCCGACCAGCCCACUGGGACCUUCAGCCCUCUGACCACCUCCGACACCAGCAGCCCCCAGAAGUCCCUCCGCACAGCGCCGGCCGCCGGCCCUCCUCCGGGCCGGUCCUCCCCGGCUGGCUCUCCCCGCACCCGGCACGCCCAGAUCAGCACCAGCAACCUGUACCUGCCCCAGGACCCCGCGGCGGCCAGGGGCGCCCUGGCCGGCGAGGGCGCGGGCAUCGUGACGCACGAGCAGUUCAAGGCGGCGCUCAGGAUGGUGGUGGACCAGGGCGACCCCCGGCUGCUGCUGGACAGCUACGUGAAGAUCGGCGAGGGCUCCACCGGCAUCGUCUGCCUGGCCCGCGAGAAGCACUCGGGCCGCCAGGUGGCCGUCAAGAUGAUGGACCUGCGGAAGCAGCAGCGCCGGGAGCUGCUCUUCAAUGAGGUGGUGAUCAUGCGGGACUACCAGCACCUCAACGUGGUGGAGAUGUACAAGAGCUACCUGGUGGGCGAGGAGCUGUGGGUGCUCAUGGAGUUCCUGCAGGGCGGCGCCCUCACGGACAUCAUCUCCCAAGUCAGGCUGAACGAGGAGCAGAUCGCCACCGUGUGCGAGGCCGUGCUGCAGGCCCUGGCCUACCUGCACGCCCAGGGUGUCAUUCACCGGGACAUCAAGAGCGACUCCAUCCUGCUGACCCUCGACGGCAGGGUGAAACUGUCAGACUUCGGGUUCUGUGCUCAGAUCAGCAAAGACGUCCCCAAGAGGAAGUCCCUGGUGGGCACUCCCUACUGGAUGGCCCCUGAAGUGAUCUCCAGGUCUCCGUAUGCCACCGAGGUGGAUAUCUGGUCUCUGGGCAUCAUGGUGAUUGAGAUGGUGGACGGGGAGCCGCCCUACUUCAGCGACUCCCCGGUGCAAGCUAUGAAGAGGCUCCGGGACAGCUCCCCACCCAAGCUGAAAAAUUCUCACAAGGUUUCCCCAGUGCUGCGGGACUUCCUGGAACGGAUGCUGGUGCGGGACCCCCAGGAGAGAGCCACAGCCCAGGAGCUCCUGGACCACCCCUUCCUGCUGCAGACUGGGCUCCCCGAGUGCCUGGUGCCCCUGAUCCAGCUCUACCGCAAGCCGACCUCCACCUGCUGAGCCCACCGAGCGCGCCUGCCCCCCUGCCCACAGGCAGGGACGCGGGCGGCGGCCUCGCUGCGGGGCCUCAUUCUCUCAGUAUUCUCUCCAAAGAUUGAAUGUGAAACUCCCCCCUCCCGCCCCUCUGCCCGCAGGGCCAGGCCGGACCUGCCCCUUCGUCUCUCCCCCUCCCAAGCGAGUCCCCAGUUGCCUUUGGGAUGACGGAGACCCCUUUUCCAGGAUGACCCUUUGUUAUUUGCACAGGGAUAUUUCUAAGAAACACGGAGACCAGCACUUCUGGCCACGACAGCCAGCACAGCAGAAAGGGCUGCCGCGUGUUUUUUUUAAGGCAGAGUGUCUGUCUGUACCAGGACACCUGCUGUUCUCAGCGCUCAUUCCUGACCCUGAUGUUUCCAGAGGGCCACGGGGAAGGUUUUUAUUAUCCGAAUCUAUCAUCUUCCCCUGUGUCUGACUUCCUGAAGGCACAGUCCCACCUGCACCUGCUUCCCGCCCCGCCUGCACUGACAACAUACGACUCCCAUGCACAGCCUGCUCCGACUGUGAACAGCCUGCCUGCAGACCCUGGGAGCAGGAGGGACAUUUCUGGGGGAAAGAGAAACAAUGGGGUUGGUGGUCAAGGUGGUGUCACUUUACAGGACGUAAGUGCUCAUGCGUGUGUGCGUGUGUGUGUGUGUGUGUGUGUGUGUGUGUGUGUGUAAGAAGGUCACCCCGACAGCCUGGCCCCUUCAGUAAGGCUUCCUCAUCCUCUUUCCCACUAAGUUCUGCUCUGAAGAGACCCAGGGACCUGCUUCCUUGGCCUGGCUUCCCUCCCCUUAAGUCCCGUGUCCCCACCUGACCAGUGAAGAGGUUUGCAUUGAGGCCGACACAUCUGGAGGCUGGGCAGCUUUCUGAGUUUCUCCUGUUCGAUGGGGUCGGAGCCCACGUAUGCAAGGAUGAGGAAAGAAACAUCAUUUCACCUGUUAGCUUCAUCUCAAUAACCAGGACAUCAGGGACCCUUCUUUUCAAAAUCCUGGUCUGGGGGAGGUGAACCAGCUCCCGGGGUUCCAUCAUGUCGAGAGACUGGGCAUCCCAUUGGUGCCAACCAUCUGCCCCCCCUCGCCUCCUCGGGCACCUGUCUCCUGUCUCCUUCCUUCCCCACCUUCAGGGCAAUGGAGAGACAGGGAAGCCCAGCGAAGAACUCCAGGUGUCUGGACCCAGUCUAGAUCCUAUUUUUAGAGUCCUCUGCUCCCUAGUGGCCUGAUUUGGGGGGGGGGGGGGGGGGGGGAAUUACAUGGACUUUUUUUAAAGGUCAGUUUUAAAAACAAAAGCAUCUUCCCUAGAAACUUUUGUGAAUUGUUUGCACUUGUGCCUGUUUUAAAUUAAACUGAGUGUUC